AUGGUUAAGAUUUAUGAACCAGGAGGUCAUGGUAACAGUUUUAUUGCUGGUUCUCCCAGUCAGCAAGAAGUACAAAGAGAUGAAGUCUGUUCAGAAUUCCAAAAUGCCAAGGAUCAUCAGGUAGAAAAUAUCAAAGAUGUAGGACAACCUACUGUUGUAGAAAUAAAUAUAAACAAACAAUAUCAGACUGAUCUUUUUCGAGUAGGUUGUAUGAUUUACAGUAAUGAUGAUUUUCUGUGGAUAAGUAGUGGAACAGAUGGAGUAUUACAGAGAGUAAAACCUGAAGGAACCAAACUGAACAUACUAUCAAGCUUUAAUAUCAGUGUUUAUGGCAUGGCUAUUACUCAAUCAAAUAAUCUACUUGUUUCUACAGGGGAUUCAAGAUUAAAACAAUUCAGUAAAAAUACAGGGACACUUUCAGACACAGUAUAUAUUGUGUCACCAUUCCGUUCUACAGACUUCUAUAUCACAAGGGACAAUAAAGUUCUAGCAGGAUGUGUCAAUGAAGACUUCCCUAAACAAGGUAGAAGAGUUAUAAUGCUAAUGGAUCAGAAUGGAGAAUGUGAAAGUGUGUAUGAACAUGAUCAACAUAAACAACCUAUAUUCACCUAUCCUUGGAGUAUAACACAUACUAGUAAUGGGAAUAUUCAUGUGGUGGAUCGUGUAAGUGACAAAGGAGGCAGAGUAGAAGUGUUAGGACAGGAUGGAGCUUUAAUUAAUAUCUACACGGGAGAUACAGAGAUCAACAAAGGCAGACAAUUCUAUCCAACAGACAUAGUAACAACCCCUAGAGACAAUGUAAUUGUUGCUGACAUAAAUACGGACACACUUCAUAUCUUAAACAAUGCUGGCCUGCUCAUUACUUAUUAUAAUACAAGUAACAUAAACAUAAUGCUACCGUAUUCUCUUGCAUUCUCUCCAACAGGACAACUAUACAUAGGAUGUACCAGAACAAAAGGCAACACAACCAAGGAGAACAGGAUAUAUGAAGUUACCAUAUCAAGAUGUUAA